AUCAUAACCUGCCAUGGCCAGGCUCCUUUUGGUGCUUCUGUACCACCCACUAUGCGAACAUUUGGCUUGAAACCACAGGAUCCACUUGAGCUGCCUGAUAGAUAGAAAGUACUGUAUGAGGACAGGAUGCAGUCUUGUGUUCUAAAAAUAGGUACAUAGUGAUGCUCCUACCCUCCCUCUCUCAGAAAUACUAAGAAAUAUCAACAGUUUUGUAAAAAAAAGCGGAAACAAAAGAGUUCACUAUACUAUUCGACAAGCGCAAAUAAGAAAUGCGAAGAUGCAAUUAAUUCAGGCGUUGGAAAGCACCACAGUUCAACGAAGAAACCCUGCAACGCUUGUUACAACUGACUUUGAUAUGGAAAAUUGCUUAAAAACAAAGUCAGCGUGAUCAUUAUUACUCGUUACCAGCUUACCACCACCGCCUGUACUACCGCCUCCUCCACACACCCCACAGCUUUUCGGACAUGUCUUCUUGACGUUUUGCUGACUACAGUAACCUCCAUUUGCCCAGCCUCUGCAAUGUUCGUUGUUAUCAGUACAACCUGUAAACAAAACGAUACGCUURCAACGCUCCUCUGACUUUGAUAUGGGAASUAACUUCAAAGAUGUUSUAGGUGAUCAUGACUUUACUCACCACUUCCRCCRCCGCYGCCGCCACCACAAACCCCACAACUUUUUGGACAGGUCUUCUUGACGUUGUCCUGAUUACAGUAACCUCCAUCUUUCCAGUCCUUGCAAUGCUGAUUGUUAUCAGAACAACCUACAAACAAAGCAAAACUAUAAAGUUCAUUCUAAAAUGCAAUAGACAAGUAAAUGGACACGGGUGUAGAAGUGAUUCAGCCACAGCAGACAAWUUCAUUGGUAGUCAUUAAUAUACCAGUUCAAGCCAAAACUCGAUAUUGAGGAUCAAAAAAUGUUGUGGAAACGUGAUUUAUAGUUAAUAUGACCGAAACGUACAGAGAAACGUUAUCAGUAACCUCAUAACAGGAAUCAAGGCAGUAGAGAGGGAAAAACAAACGAAAAAACUUCUAAGUUGAUUUCACCCAGGAAAAGUCCAACAUGAAGACAGGUCAAAGCUUACCAUAAACAACAGCGAUCAAAGCGAAUGCCCCUAGUACUACAAUUGUCUUCAUGUUUGGUUCCUUAAUCGAAUGAGUUUAGAAAUGGAGUUUAAUGUAUGUUUAUAUCACUGUGUAAGGCAACCACACCUGUCGGGUGAACAACCAUCGAACCAGAUGAAGAAAUACACCUUGGAACAGAAAUGACAAUGUAUUUACCUCGAUAUAUUAAACAUGUCACACAGUGAUAAUGAAAAUCACCUCUUCCUGAUUAUCCGGCUAAUCACUUUAAUGAUUUACAUUAUUUUGUGWUCGUACUUUUUAUACUAAUGAUGCUUGUUCCUGGUACUGUUUGGUGGAUGGUACUGACAGAGAAUUUCAUUGGUAACUCGAAUAAGCAGUGCUACCACCUUACCAGGUGUAUUUGAUCGAGGGCGGAUUGAGAGAUUUGAGGAGAUUCCAUUUUGGGAGAUUCGCCGGAUUUAAGCAUUUUUAAGGUAUUUUUCCGUGUUUGGAGAGUGGAAAAUUUCAUCAAUAGAGAAACGAGUUUGAAUGUGUAAAGAUUAUCGGAAACAAAAGAUCAAAAUUAUGCCUCUGUCCACUGGCCUCUGUCAAUGGUAUUGGUUUCACACAGGAAUCCCAAGAUACAUUAGCAGAGGCAGUGAACGAUGACUAUUCGUGGGUUUCCUGUGGCUAUUUGUAAGUCAACAGGAAACUGAUGUUAUAGAUUGCUUUCGAUUGCAAUUCGAUGUCACUUCAGUUCAUAUGUUGAUAUUUCGUCGUGGGAAAGCUACAGUGAGACAGAAAUGGCUACAGAAAGGUUUGGGUUAUCGUCCCUUCGUAAUCAUCAACAACAACCAGCGCUUGUCUUACCAGUUUAUAAAGAAUCCUUCUCGUACGACAGUACAGCAGUAGAAGAUUUUCUUGUCGAUAAACAUCCUGAAAGUCUGAAGUCUUUGGUCUUCAAAUACUUUUUACCGAUUGCUGAGAUCAAUGCAAAUGUAGAACAUAAUGAUCUUUAUCAUCGACAAAGCUGGUUGAAUUAUCGGUCAAAAAUCUCUUCUCUUCUUGGAAUUUCCUCUGAAAAAGACAAUGUUGAAGAAUACCUAAUUCAUUCUGGUAGUUCUCGGGAAAACCUCUUCUUACCUUCCUGUAAACCAAGGGUCAGCGAAGGAAUGGCAGGUUGUGAUUCGGUCAUUUAUGAAUCAGCUGAUCUCGACGUGAUGCAUUUGAUUUACAACCAAUCGCUAAUAAGUUCGCCUAUUCAAGCUUCUAACACUGUUCAUCUAGUGAUGGACGUAGAUGGUUGUCAUUUAGGCUUCACUAAAAUACGGAUCGAAGGAGACCCUGACCUCCUCCCAGAAAAACUGAAGCAAUCAGUCGUCCACUCUGAAAAAGGAUGUUACUUGUCAAGUGAGGCAGUUUUAUCAUCUCUCUACGACCCCGCAAGGUACGAGUAUGAAAUCAUGAAGCAUGACAUGGYMAAAGGCAAGCUGACAAGAACAGGUCCAGCCAUCAAUAUAAAAGUGCUAGACGAGGAUUCAGUAAAAAGUUUCAUCGAUAUUGAUUUAGUACCAACCUUGAAAUGCGAUGGAAUGCCAGAGCAAUUGUUACCAUGGAAAGAAAGGAUUCAAACUCGUCCAUGGCCACAUGAGGAUAUUCGACAGCAAUUAUUCCAGAAGCCAUGCUAUGUGGUUGGAGUAGGUUACCAUGGAAGUCAAGAUAAGGACUUAGAAUGGCGGCUAUCAACAUCAGCUAUUGAAAGUGUACUUGGAUCAUCCUUGACACUUGUACAGAGAAAGUGCUACAUCCUAUUCAAGAUGAUACACAAGGUAGCCAUGAAGGAUCCUGCAAUGUUGGCAACGUACCAUCUGAAGAACAUCUUGUUCGAAUCUCUUGAGGAGACAGAAGGGUCUUUUUGGACAGAGGUUAACCUUUUGCCAUGUCUUUACCUUUUGCUUGAUAAGCUCAUCAGUCACCUGGAGCAGGGAAGAGUAAUGAGCUACUUUAUAGAAGGCUACAACCUUAUUGAUCACUGCCCUGCCAAGACUAUUCAGGAAGUUCUGGAGAAACUAAAAGCUGUUCGCAAGGAUCCGGAAAAACAUCUGAUGAUGUUUGACGGACAAUUCGCAUUUGAUUUCAGUAGCGAUUAUGUCUUGCAAGAGGUGUUUGAGCCAUAUUUCAAAUUAUGUGAGCAAAAACGUCUUGGAGAAGAUUUCCAACUUGUUGCUCAUAGCAUCGUCAUGUCGCUUAUCCGSCAUGCUCAUUUUGACAUUUCAAGGAAUCAAUUGCCUCUUUACAAUAGAGCAUAUGCACUGUUAAAGGAUUCAUGGGAUAUCAUGAAUGUUGUAAACCCUGAGUUCAAUACUAAUCAAUUUUCCUUUAUGUCUGACGUAACCUAUUCUGGCAUAGAAGUCGACCAAUCUUGUAAAUUUCAAGAAUUUUUGCGUUUGAAGUGCCCUGAAGCCCUUGAAGUAAAUGCUAACGUAAAAGCCAUUGCCAGUAUGCUGGGUCUUCAACUUCCAGUGUCGGAAGAGGCAAAUCCUCUUUUCAAACUACUUACAUACAGAAUGUUUACCCUGGAGUGCUUUUGUGAAUCAAAAGAGCUUCAUGCAUCGGGCAUACAGGUCUUGAAUGCUGACAUGUACUCAGGGACUGAGCCAGACAUUGUUGCCAUUUCUGGAACAAUGCAAAGAGCAAUGCUGAAAAUACUUUUGUGGAUAAGCAAGCUAUACAGCCCCCCUGCUGCUAAAAGCGCUGAGGAAUUACAGUGCAGAAAACGUGCUGUUGCUAUGGAUGUGAUGAAAGAGUUGACAACAGAUCUAGGCACGGAGGACACUGAUACAGCAGCGUUAACAGGUUUUAUGUCAGGGAUGACCAACAUGUUCUCCAAUCUGAAGCUUAAUGAUUCCCCAUUUGAAGACGCAAAGAAACUUGAAGAAAUUGUCAACGCUGUACACAAGCCUAAGGAUAGAAACAUUUCUACAGCCAAAGCAACAGCCUAUGAAUUGUUCCUGCAAUAUUUAAAUGGAAGCUUAGAUAUCAACCUUUACUUGCUGUCUGCUUACAACACAGUCUUUCUAUUCUUGAUGUUUGGGAUGAACCAGGCAGCAUGCAGGAUGAUAAUCCGUCUCGACCCUACUUGUUUGUGGAACUUUUCACUGCUGAACGGUUCUUUCUUUGCACGAAUAGAACUCAAAAACUUGAAUCGUUACGUGACCAAAUACGUUUUUCCAGAUCAUCUAUUCACCUACCUUGGUACAGUAAGUUCAUGUGAGGUUAAAGUAGAGUUCUUUCAGUACUUUCUUCUAAUUGAAUGCAGCACGGCCAAUCCAGGCUUCUUUGAGAACAGUGAAAUUGAGCAAGCUUUGACUUCUGCUUCAAAGUCAGUACAAAGUAAUACAGGAGUAACAAAAAGGCACUGCGCUUUCCUGCUGUCCGUCAUGUACUUUAGACUGAACAAAUUCACCGAAGCGCAAGCAUGUCUUGAGACAAUUGCUAGCGAUGUUGACGAGGAAUCCAGACAAACCAUUGAAGAAGCUUUACUGCUUUAUCAGUGCCUUACGAUGUCAUUGGACGAAUAAAUAUCCUCCUAGCUAGCUAUCUUGGUUCAACUGAGAACUUUAGGGCAAUGAUCAUUUUGGAAGAACAUACUUUUUAUGAAACACUAAACAAACUACAUAUUGUAUUGAAUUGACUGCAUAACCGGAAUGAUUGUUAAAUGAUUCAUAUUCAAUGUAAAAAGUUGCUUAUCGUCAGUAUACUAGAUUGGACGUCUUUUUUGUCUUCAGACAUAAGGGAAUAUGAUUACACCAGGACACUAGUAUAUUUGGUAGAAGAACUAUAUUGUAGUAUUGUAAAGAAAACAUAGCAAUGUAGAAGAUGUGACCGUUUCAUGCAAAAUGCAUAUUAUAUGGGUUACGUAUUGAAAUAUAUUUCACAAUGUAUAACCGAC